AUGUCGAUGCGCGAUGAACGCCGACGGUUACUCGACGUCAACCUCCUGACGUUAACGGCGGAGCUCGAAGUCGACGACGUCCUUUUGCAUCUUCGCGCCCGCCGCGUCUUCACCGAAGACAUCGCCGACAGGAUUCAAGUCUCCCACUUUUCUCUCCUUCUUCCACACUAUUUCCCUCUUUCAGUCUCAACGCACGGCUCGUGACCGACGGAUUCAACUCGUUAGAUUGUUAAAAACCAGAGGAGACUCAGCGUCAGUCAAAAAUUAUCAUUUUUCUCUUUAGUCGAGUUAAUUUUCAGGUUUGAGGUAUUUUACGAAGCUCUCGUCCUGACGGAGCAAAUGCGGUUAGCCAGUUUACUCGAGCCGAUGGUCGACCGAGAAGCCGUUUCCAAAAUGUCCGUUUUCGACCUUACUACUCAUAAAUAAUUCGGCGCCCGUCGCGUCAUGAACCUUUGUUCUUUGCCAUUCACCUGCUAUUUAAUUGCGCGAAAUGCUUCGUUUCCGAAUUGGAUUGCGCAGUGGCGGGUUUCAAGAAACAACUCGCGUAUGUGUACUAAAGAAUAAAGGACUACUUAAAAAUAAUUGCCCGGGAUAGACGCUGAAUGGACUUUUUUAGACGUUUUCGAAGUAAUACAAUUCUGAGAUUUUUCACCAUCAUUUUUCAAGAAAAAAAUUUUGAUACUGUAAAAAAAAUCUCGAAGAAGCGAAGAGAAAAUUCAAAAAAAGUUUUUUUGAAAGAAUCGUCGUUUUCGUGACUUCGAAGUCGUACUAGGCUAUUGAGUUUUUUUGAAAUCCUGUCAUUUUUUUGAGAAGUUUUUCGAAUUACAAAAGUUUGAAUUUUUUUAGAACUAGUCCUUCGGUAAAAAAAAAAAAAAAACUUGAAGAGAAGAAAAAAAGGGGAAAACAAUACGAUUCAAAUUGAAAGGAAAAAAAAAUUGCAAUGAUAAAAAUUUAAGCGAGGAAAAUGAUUUUCUGACGUUUAAAAAGUUUUCAAUAUUUUCCAGAAGAGGCGCUGCUCCUUCAAUGGAGUUUGAGCAAGGAAACUGUCUGUAUUCCCCAAUCCGUACCCGUUCUCGAUCCCGGGGUAGACCCGUCAGAACCCUCGGAGUUUCUGAUCGUUUCAACCAGAAUUAUUGCAUGGAAACGUCUUUACCCGGAGGUUCUCAUCACUACUUCGAGCAAAAAUAUUAAUUCCGUCAUUUCAGAAGAAAAUCUGAUGAACGGAAUGUUGCCUUGGGGAACAGAACCUCAAAUUCUCACCGAUCUAGGCGUAGAAUAUUGCGAUGCUCCUUUUAUAGAGCGAAUUUUUGAUCCGAAAAAGGUUUUGAAACGAUUUUCGAAAGUAUUAGGAGAAUUUGGAUUUUGAGAUGUACCCGAACUUCGCGAAACCACGAGGUCUUUGCUUGGUUGUCAACAAUGAGAGAUUCGAUACGAUGCCCCAUAGACAAGGUAAAAGAAAGCUAUAAAGUUCAGUUCUAAUGUCUUACAGGUACAAACGUGGACAAGCAGAAUAUAUCGACGCUUUUCAAGACGAUGGGAUAUGAUAUUAUUGAAAAGAAUAAUGUUACAGUAAAGGUUUUUCAAAACUCUUGAAGUGUGGGGUUAGAAAAAUCAUUUGUUUUUAGGAGCUGACUCAUUUGGUCCGAGCUUUUGGACAAGAUUCCCGCCAUAAACACGCUCAGUCUGCGGUUGUCGUUAUAUUGUCACACGGAGAGCAUGAACAAAUUAUAGGUUCCUAUUUAUUUCAAGAGAAUAUUAUAAAAAAAAGAAGGAAAGCAUUAAAAAAAUCGAGUAUUUUCUUGAUUUUUCUGGAGCAAAUUUUCAUUUCGAAUCAUGAACAGGGUUAUUUUGAUUUCACUCAACCGAUGACCUGUUGAAAAAUAAGUUAUUUAAAAAAAACCCCAAAAGAAGAUAAUAUUAGUUAAAUUUCUCAAAUUAAAAAAAAUUCCAAAACCUCCAAUUGGCUGCUGCCCCACAAAGAUUCAAAAUUCAAUAUUAAAAAAACUGAUUUUUUUACCGGUGGAUAAUGAUAAAAAAAUAGAAUCUUAAUUUUUCCCCAUAAUUCAAAUUGUAAAUGGGAGCGAUAACUAGGGGAGAGAAUCCUUCUGAAUAUUCCAUUUUUUUAAUAAGCAUUUUUUUAUUUGUAUGUUUUCUAGUUCUCGGAACUAUAGAAUUAGCAAAGAAUCAUUGAAAAAUUCACCUAAAAUGUAAGAAACAAGCUUGGAUUUGUUUGAGGGGUGGACGACAACGCCGUGUCGACCCACAGACUUUUCGAGUUGCUCAACGCGUCAAACGCGCCGCUUCUCGCCAAAAAACCAAAGUUGUGGUUCAUCCAGGCGUGUCGCGGAGGUUUUUCUGGUUUCUUUGAUUCGAGGUGACAUUGAAAGCGUUCAGAACGUCGCGACCUCGGCUUCGCGACCUUAGACGAGGUGGAUGGAGCGCCGCGACGCGAGUUCGACGGCGGCGACGGCCCUUUCAACUUUUUCAACUGUGUUCGGCCGCAGAUCGCGCAGCAGGUAUCUACUUUUUGGUUACAGUACACGGAUAAACUAGUGGAUUUUUAGACUUUUUCUUCAGUAUCAUUAAAAAAGGAAUUUCUCAGAGAGCAGAGAAGAAGUUUUUUUUUUGAAAAAAAAGAGCCGGAUGAAAUAAGUGAGAUAAAAAAAUAUUUUUUUGAAGAAAGUUUUUGUGAGUUAAAAAAAGCCUAUAUUCAAUUUUUUUCAACCCAAAACUUUUUUUGAAUAACUGGUAAAAAAUUAUCUGAUGAAAAUGAGGUCCGAAUGAUUUUUUUCAUACAGCAGUGCUAAAAUUUUUAGUGACGACUUUUUGCGUGGCAGGUGUUUCAAAAAAAAAUCAAGUUUUUUCAUCGAGGUUUUUUCUCGCGUUUCACACUUUGAUGUUCGGCAUCAGCUCAUUGCCAGCUUCUGAAUAUAGUCAAUGUUUCCCGACUUGAAAGGCGAGGGAGGCGGGGCAAGGGGCGGGACGCGUAGCCUGUGCGUUCGCGGUUCUUGGCACGUGUUCAAUUCAACCGCCAUUGACUCUUUGAACAUCCUGUUUUUGCUCAUUUCAUUCCUUUAUCAAUUAUUUAUUGAUUAUGUUCAUGUGUUCAUCAAAAAAUAGUAGAAAACAUUGAAAAAGAGCGGUUGCCGAGCUUUUUGAAUAGCCGGCGGCAAUUGAAUUGAACUCGUGCCAAGAACCGCGAACGCACACGCUACGCGUCCCGCCCCUUGCCUCGCCUUCCUUGCCUUUCAAGUCGGGAAACAUUGACUAUACUAAAAAAAUAGUGAAAAAAAUUCCAAUCCUCCGGGAGAAAUGAAAUUUGAGUUUGAUUUUUUUAACUUUCUGAACAUGAAGCUGCUUCUGGUGUGGGAUAAAAAAAUACAAAAUUUGACUAACAAAACUGAUAUUUCAAUUUUGAGGCUCACAUCCGAGUUCCGAACGAAGCGGAUGUGAUGGUGGCCUACGCGACGACGCCACAAUUUGUUUCUUGGCGGAAUUCUUUGCGCGGCAGCUGGUUUAUUCAAGCCAUUUGUGAGGUAAAAUAGGUUUCAGGGAUGAAAAAAAAACCUUUUUUUGGAAUUGAAUGAAUUCGAAUGAAAUUCGUUUUCACGCAAAAAAAGAAUUCUGGCGUUGAGACAAAAGAAUGUUCAAGAAAAUCUAACGGUUUUGUGCGUCUAAAGAACAUAAGGCCAUUCUCUUUUCUUGAUGUUCAUCGCGCUUUCUUAGGAACCCUAAAGUGGUCACUAGAGAGGCGAAUAUAAGCGUUCUUGAAGGUUCCCUUCUAGGGGACUGUUUUUGUUCGCGCUUAUUUUCAAAAGUUUGAAUUUAGCCAAUUUUGAAGGUCCAGUGUUUUUGGAACCGAAUGUUCUUGAGGACCAAUUUGUUAAAAUUCGUCUUUUUGCAACGAGAUUGGGUCUUCCGGAGUUGAACUUUGCUUUUAAUAUGAAUUCGUGACUGAAUAGUUGCAGAUAUUCGCGGCGCACGCGAAAGACGAAGACGUCUUGACGUUGAUGACGAUGGUGAACCAUCGCGUCGCCAUGGGUUAUCAGACGCAGCAGCGCGACGGAACCUGCAAACAAAUGCCCGAGGUUUCUCCAAAAAUCAAGAAAAUCUUAAAGUGGAAUUUUCAGAUCACUUCUCGGCUCCUCAAAAAGUUUUACUUUUGGCCGGUUAGGUCUUCUGGUUCUGCAGUCUGA